AACAUGGUUUCCAUAUAUCUUGGUGGAGGUGCAUUCGGAAAGGUCUACAAAGAGUGGUUUGGUGGACAGUGGUGUGCAGUGAAGAAAGUUCCAGAUGAUCCCUGUUGCAUUACAGAUGAUCUCCUGCUCAGGGAGUAUAAUAUCUACUGUGAAGUCAACCACCCAAAUGUAGUGAAGCUUGUGGGCAUGAUAUAUAAAGAAGGAGGACGGUGGUGUAUCCCAAUGGAGCUGAUCGAAGGACAGACUCUGAAGAAUGUCAUGUUCCAUCCCAUGAGAAACAACUUUCAGAUCACUCUGCCUAUCAAAAGCAAGAUCAUCACGGGAAUGUGUGAAGGUCUGCUGUAUCUACAUAAUAAAGAUAUUGUGCACCGAGACCUGAAGCCAGAUAAUAUCAUGGUUGAAGAUUAUACUUUCCGUCCUGUUAUCAUUGAUUUAGGUUUAGCAAAAUUUCAGUAUGGUGACUUUUAUUCUGGACAAAUUAAGGGGAAUCGUCUUUAUGCUCCUCCCGAGAUCAACAACCAACCUCAUGCCAAGCGUAAUCAGAAGUCAGAUGUUUGGGCCAUGGGGAAAAUCAUCGCAGAGCUUCUGGUUGGAUAUCAGAUUCCUCAUGAUAACCCUGCUCACUACCAGGUCCUUUUGAAAGACUACUCUGGAUACUGUGAAGUGGUCACUCAGAUGAUAGAUAGCAGUCCUACACCGAGAGCGACAAUGAACCAAGUCAUUGGUCGGAUCAGAGAAGCAGAGGGACAGAUAGAAGAUGAUGAGCCAUUAGUUCUGGUUCCUAGGCCAUCACGGUUCCCUCUCCAGCCUCAGCACCAUCUCCCUGGACCUGCUGGUGUUUCAUCCAUGGAGCUUUUUAGGGAUCUGCUACCUUUGCAUUCUGAACUACCUCCAAAUUUCACCUUACCAAACCCACUGCCCCCUAACCACACCAUCACAUUAAACUACAUAACAAGAGAUAGCAAUGGAGGAGGGUUAAUACAGAUCAAAGGGGAAAUUCGGACCAGAGAUGGCAAGGUAUAUCACGAUGGAUGGAUGAAAUGUGCCCCAGAUGCUUUAGAAAUGAACCGCUCACCUAGGUUUUUGAAAUGA